AAAAAGACGGAGAGAGGCCGUUGCAUUUUCCGGCGAGACGACGCUUCCACGGACGGAUUAGUCAAUCAUCGGUCGCUUAUUUCUCCGCUUCCUCUGGCUUUGUGAUUCGAGUAUUUGUCUCACCAAACCGUUGCUAAAAUGGCUUAUUCAAGGAACGUUUAUGAUAAUAAUGGUGCUGGAUUAGAAGAUACUGUGUAUCGUUACUUGUGUCCUGUGAGGAAAGCAGGGAGUAUUAUUGGGAGAGGUGGUGAAAUUGCAAAGCAGAUUAGGUCUGACACGAAAGCAAACAUGAGGAUAAACGAGGCUAUACCGGGUUGUGAUGAGCGUGUUGUUACUAUAUAUUCUAAUAGCGAGGAGACGAAUCGUAUUGAAGAUGAUGAGGAUUUUGUCUGUCCUGCUUUUGAUGCUCUUUUCAAGGUUCAUGAUAUGAUUGUUGCUGAAGAAUUUGACAAUGAUGGUGAUUAUGAUGACGAUGAUGAGUAUAGUGAGAAACAAACAGUUGUUACUGCGAGGAUGCUUGUGGCUUCGGAUCAAAUUGGUUGCAUUAUUGGGAAAGGCGGAGAGGUUAUCCAAAAACUGCGUAGUGACACUAAUGCUCAGAUUCGUGUUAUCAAUGAUAAUCUUCCCAUUUGUGCUUUGGCUUUGAGUCAUGAUGAGCUUCUUCAGAUAAUUGGAGAUCCUUCUGCUGUUAGAGAAGCUCUUUACCAAGUUGCCUUUCUGCUUUAUGAUAAUCCGUCACGCUUUCAGAACUACUUUCUGUCUUCUUCUAGUACCCUGCAGCAUCAACCUGGUGGAAUUCUAAUGAGUCCUGCAAUAACGAGUUCUCACAAAAAUUACUCUGCACCAAGAGAUGCUGCCGAUGCAAGAGUGUUUUCUAUCUGCUUCAUAUGUCCAGCUGAAAAUGUUGGAGGUGUAAUAGGAAAAGGUGGCUGUUUCAUUAAUCAGACUAGGCAAGAAUCUGGUGCGACCAUCAAAGUCCAUACCCCAGAAACUGAUGAAGAUGAUGAUUGCAUAAUUUUCAUAUCAGCAAAGGAGUUCUUCGAAGAUCAAUCCCCAACGGUGAAUGCAGCCUUACGCUUACAAACGCGAUGCAGUGAGAAUGUGGGGAAAGAUUCAAGUGAUUCUGCCAUCUCUACUCGUGUACUUAUUCCAAGUUCUCAAGUAGGGUGUCUCAUUGGAAAAGGUGGAGCUCUUAUAUCCGAGAUGAGGAGUGUCACAAAAGCGAACAUCCGCAUUUUUCAAGGCGAAGAUGUACCAAGAAUUGCUCGUGAGAAUGAGGAGAUGGUCCAAAUAACAGGAAGUCUUGAUGCAGCAAUCAAAGCUCUUACGCAAGUGAUGCUGCGAUUAAGAGCCAAUGUAUUUGACAUGGAUCGUGGUCUUGUCUUGCUUCCAACUUUCUUUCCUUAUAUUUCUCAAACAAUAGAGACUUCAAGCAAGCCUAGGCACAGAAAAGGCGAGAACCAUCCUCAUGGUUCCGAGGAAAUUGCUAGGAAUGAAGACUAUGGUAGUCAAAUGAACUUAAAGUCCCCAAGAAGAAACCGAAUCUGGUGGAAAUUUUAUCUCUUGACCCCACCACUGGAUCUCUCUCCUCUCUCUCAAUAUACAUUCAUCAGAGUACAGAGUAAAAACGAAACACAAGAAGCAAUUAUGAAGAAUUGUGAGAGAUUCGCUAAUCUCGCUCUCGCAGGUUUGACAUUGGCACCACUCGUUGUGACAGUAAAUCCAAAUUUGAAUGUUAUUCUCACAGCAUGUAUCACUGUUUAUGUUGGUUGCUUUCGUUCCGUCAAGGAUACUCCUCCAACGGAGACGAUGUCUAAAGAACAUGCCAUGCGUUUCCCAUUGGUUGGGAGUGCUAUGCUUCUUUCACUUUUCUUAUUGUUCAAGUUUCUCUCAAAGGACUUGGUCAAUGCUGUUCUAACAGCUUACUUCUUUGUUCUUGGGAUUGUCGCUCUUUCGGCGACAUUGUUACCAGCCAUAAGAAGAUUUUUGCCAAAUCCUUGGAAUGACAAUCUCAUCGUCUGGCGUUUUCCUUAUUUCAAAUCUUUGGAGGUAGAGUUCACAAAGUCCCAAGUUGUUGCCGGAAUCCCUGGAACGUUCUUCUGUGCGUGGUAUGCGUGGAAAAAGCAUUGGCUAGCUAACAAUAUUCUCGGCCUUUCCUUCUGCAUUCAGGGAAUUGAGAUGCUCUCUCUUGGAUCAUUCAAGACUGGUGCCAUCCUUUUGGCUGGACUAUUUUUCUAUGAUAUCUUCUGGGUUUUCUUUACUCCGGUUAUGGUUAGUGUUGCCAAAUCCUUCGAUGCUCCAAUAAAGCUUUUAUUCCCUACGGGUGAUGCUCUUAGACCCUAUUCUAUGCUUGGUCUUGGUGAUAUUGUCAUUCCAGGUAUUUUUGUUGCACUAGCUCUAAGGUUUGAUGUGUCAAGACGUAGACAACCACAAUACUUCACAAGUGCAUUUAUCGGAUACGCUGUUGGUGUUGUCCUCACGAUUGUAGUCAUGAACUGGUUUCAAGCAGCCCAGCCUGCUUUGUUAUACAUUGUCCCAGCCGUAAUUGGGUUCUUGGCUUCUCACUGCAUUUGGAAUGGUGACAUCAAACCGUUACUGGCGUUUGAUGAAUCAAAGACUGAGGAACCAAAGACUGAUGAAUCAAAGACUAGUGAGGAGAGGACAUGGAAGGAUAUGAACAGUGAGAGGCAAAGAAUAGUAGAUGAUGAUGAUGAUAAAGUUAUGAACAACGAGAGCCAAGGAACAAGCACGUAUCAGAAAUCAAACAAAAUGAGAGUACUAAGGGAAGGCCAAAGUGGUGGUGGUGCCAAUGAGGGAGCCAAAGCGGAGAAGACUGUAUUUGAGGUUAAACUGGAGUCUUUCGAGGCAUGUGCGAAAAUCAAGAUCAUUAUGGAGGUAAGGAGAAUCACUGGUGUGGGUCUUAAGGAUGCUAAGGAAUUGGUGGAGAAGGCUCCUACGGUUGUGAAAACAGGAGUAUCCAAAGAAGAAGGAGAGGAGAUCGUUGAGAAGUUGAAGGCAAUUGGUGCAAAAGCUGUUUUGGAAUUGGUGGAGAAGGCACUUGGUGCCAAUGAGGGAGCUAAAGUGGAGAAGACUGUGUUUGAGGUUACACUGGAGUCUUUUGAUCCAUGUGCGAAAAUCAGGACCAUUAAAGAAGUAAGGAUUUUCACUGGUGUGGGUCUUAAGGAAGCUAAAGAAUUGGUGGAGAAGGCUCCUAUGGUUUUGAAAAAAGGAGUUUCGAAAGAAGAAGGAGAGGAGUUCGUAGAGAAGCUGAAGGCAGUUGGUGCUAAAGCUGUUUUAGAGUCGGUGACAGUGAAUUACUUUCUACUUUUGAAAUUCAACAUGUACUCGUCGUCGUCGUCAUCUUCUUCUAUUUUUCUUCAAUUCCCACCGGCGAGAACAACCACCGCGUCUCCAUUUAUUCUCCGCCGUAGCUCUUACGUGUUUCACACCAGGAAGCGAGGACCUCGUUUUAAACGACAGCUAGUGAAUUCGUCAAUUUUCCCUCCGCCGUUUGAUAUCAGCGUUCCUCUAGAUGCUUCCUUAGCUUCAUUUGUCGCUUCAGGCUUAGCGGGUUUUUUAUCGUCGAGGUUAUUUGGAAAGUCUUUAGAGAAGAUUAGUGAUACAAAAAGAAGAUCAAUCGUUGAUGAUGUUGUUGGGGAAUGGAUUCUCUUCACAACUCCUACGCCGUUUAACAGAUUUGUUCUUCUUCGUUGCUCUUUGUUCUCCUUUGAUGAUGACUCUGACAAGAGUUUAAGCGAUAGACUCCUCACAGAGGAGAGGCAUUUCGUUACUUUGGAUACCGGCAAGAUUAUUGUAUCGGCUUCGGAUGAGAAGACUCCUCCGUUGGAGUAUCAGAGGGUUUGUAUCACUACAGAGGACGGAGGAGUUGUUUCCCUUGAUUGGCCGGCUAAUUUGGACAUUAGGGAGGAGCGUGGGAUGGAUACAACGGUGAUUUUGAUCGCGGGAACGCCGGAAGGUAGUAUGGAUGAAGGCGUUCGAUCGUUUGUAUGCGAAGCUCUGAGGCGAGGCGUGUUUCCUGUGGUCAUGAAUCCUAGAGGUUGUGCUGGUUCGCCUCUCACUACACCUCGGUUAUUUACAGCUGGUGAUAGUGAUGAUAUAUCCACAGCUUUGCGAUUCUUAACCAAGACAAGGCCAUGGACGACUCUUACGGCUGUUGGCCGAGGAUAUGGUGCAAAUAUGUUGACAAAAUACCUGGCAGAAGCUGGUGAAAGAACGCCUCUUACAGCUGCUGUAUGCAUUGAUAAUCCCUUUGACCUUGAGGAGAUCACACGAACAUCUCCAUAUUCUACUAGUUUGGAUCAACAGCUUACAAGUGGAUUAGUAGAGAUACUAGUGGCAAACAAGGAGCUUUUUCAAGGCAGAGCAAAAGCCUUUGAUGUUGGAAAGGCUUUGUCUUCAAAAUCAGUUCGCGAAUUUGAUAAGGCCUUGUCCAUGGUGACAUAUGGUUGCGAGAGUAUAAAAGAUUUCUAUUCCAGUUGUGCCACCAGAGAUGUGAUUGGGGAAGUAAAAGUUCCUGUCCUCUUUAUACAGAAUGACGAUGUAGUACCACCGUAUACAAUACCACGAAGUUCAAUAGCUGAAAACCCAUUUACAAGCCUGCUUAUGUGCUCUUCUUCACCAAAUCUGAUCCAUGGACGUACAGUGGCCGUGUCUUGGUGCCAGGACCUUGCGAUUGAGUGGUUGACUGCUGUAGAACUUGGGCUUCUGAAAGGUCGUCAUCCACUUUUGAAAGACGUGGAUAUUACUGUUAACCCUUCAAAGGGAUUAGUUUUUUCGGAAGCCAAAGCACCUGAAAAAAGUAUCGGUGCCAAGAAGCUCGUACAGCCAGCCGACGAAAAGAUGGUGAAUGGUUACCAUGUUGAUCCUUUCAGAGAAACACUUGAAGACAGUGACAUCAGCCCAAACUCGAAUUUGUCGUCUGGAAUAGAUUUAGAAAAGAAUGUCAAAAGCGAUUUUGGAUCUGAUGAAACAGAAAAUGGUAGAGUUUCAACAAGCAGUCUUGUUGAAGUUGAAUCAAUCGAAGAUAAUGAGUCCAAUGUAGAAGAAAGUGAUAGAGGUCAGGUGUUGCAGACUGCAGAAGUGGUUGUGAACAUGCUAGAUGUAACCAUGCCUGGCACCCUAAAAGCUGAAGAAAAGAAAAAGGUUAUGGAUGCUGUUGGUCGAGGAGAGACAGUUCUAACAGCACUGCAAGAUGCCGUGCCAGAAGAAGUUCGGGAGAAGCUUACAACAGCAGUAACUGGGAUCUUGCAGUCAGGUGGCACUAAAUUAAAUCUUGAAAAGCUUAAGCUUCCUAGUAUAGCACCAGGAUUGAAGAAAGCGGAGGAAGCAAGGAAAGAACCAUCAAGUGCCAUAGGUCAAAAAGAUUCUCAUUCUCCUGAUCCGAUAGAUAAGAGCGAUGGUUUGGUGAGUGGCUCAGAUGAAACUGUUAGUGGCUCGGAUAAUUCUCCAGGUGGAAUAGAACUAGAGCAUUCCCCUUCCAAGAUUUCCCAGAAAAACGGUGAUUCUGGAAAGUCCCAACCCGUCGACAGUGAUCAAGAUGAUAGUCUUGGAAAUUACGAGUCACAUACCAAUGAAAAGACCAGUGCAGCUGAUGAUUCUGAGAUGGCUUCCGAAGCAAAAAGUGAUAUUGCCAACCAGGGGCCAGUUGGCGCAGAGGAUGUCACUAAUAGUGAUGACAAAGUGGACCAAGGUUCUGGAGUAGCUACGCAUCAAAGACAGCUAGAAACUAAUAAAAACGAUGAGAAAGGAGCACCAAUUGCCAGUGAAAAAUCCAGUGUAGCUGAUGCUUCCGAGAAGGCUUCAGAUGCAAAAAAUGAUAGUACCAAUCCACAGCCAGUUGGUGCAGACGAUAUAACUAGUGAUGGGGACAAAGUGGACCAAGGUGCUGUACUAGCUCAGCAACAAAGAAAGGAGGAAACUAAUAAAAAUGAUGAGAAUGCAAAACAGUCUGCCACAGAUCAAAACAAGGUGACAUCUACCGACAAUGAAGGAGAUGCUGGAAAAUCUUCUGCUUCACAGCCUGUAGAGAAAGACGAAAGUAAUGAUCAGAGCAAAGAAACCAAAGUUAUCCAGCCUGUAUCAGACCAAACUAAGCCAGCAAUUCAGGAACCAAAUCAGCCCAAAUUUAAUGUUUCCGACGCAUUUGAGGCAUUGACGGGGAUGGAUGAUUCAACUCAGGUAGCUGUCAAUAGUGUUUUUGGUGUGCUCGAAAACAUGAUUACUCAGCUGGAUGAAGAAAAAAAAGAAGGAAAUGAGGUAAGUGAUGAGAAGAAUCUCAAGGAUGAGAAGACUGUCACGAAUGAGGUAAUGUCCUUAUCUGAAGAGGAAAUUCCCUCCAAGAGGGAAACUGAAAGCCUUAUGCCCUCUGAAAAAUCUCAAGAUCCUGCAUGCAGUGUGAAUGAAACUGAAAAAUGUUCUGACAGUGAAAAGGUAACUGGGGUAAUGACUGAAAAACAUUUGGGCAGAGAUGAUGUGAUUGGUAAGCAUUCACCGAAGAUUCUUCCUGAAAGAAUUACAGAUUCUGUCGAAAAAUCUUCUAAUGAUGGAUACCUUGGGGAGGAACUUUCAAAAGAAAAGAUUGCAAAACAGUUAGACUUAAAUACAACCACUGCUCUCAUGCUUGACUAUUAUCCAGAGGAAGGUAAAUGGAAACUCCUUGAUCAACAACCAGAACACUUGGGUGAUAACUAUUAUCCAGAGGAAGGUAAAUGGAAGCUACUAGAUCAACAACCAGAAUACUUGGGUAACGUUGCUGACAAUGCAGCAGCCAGCAGAGAUACGCACAAAAAUGUUCAGGUUCAUUCCCUUAGUGUAGGUAAUGAAAAGAACAUCAUUGAGCCUUCAUAUGUGAUAUUGGACCAUGAAAAAGAGUUAGAGCUCUCUGAAAUGCAUGAUGCAGCAGACAAUCAAAAUGAUGGUCCUCACAAAUUAGACGAAGGAUGUGAGGAACUAGAGCACCUCAUUAAAGUUAUUGUAUCAGACUCUUUGAAUGUAGAAGUUCAACGCCGGAUGGGUUCAGCUGGCAUGAGGCAAAUUGAGUCUCAACUCAGUCGAGAUAUAAAAAUGGUGGCAAAGACAUUUUCUUAUGCUGUUGUAUAUGAAGAGCCUACUUGGACUUUCAAAAGGAACAGCAAAACUUCCAAUGGCCCUGCUGGAAAAGUUGGUAAACUUCAUGGGGACGCUAUCAUUAGGGCAAUUGCAUCUGCUGUCCAGGAGGCGCAUUUUCUCAGACAAGUACUGCCUAUUGGUGUUGUUGUUGGCUCUGUUUUAGCUGCUUUGAGAAAAUAUUUCGAUGUAUCUACAACAACCAGCAAUGCUAAGAGAGAUACUGUCCCGGGUAGAACACAAAAGUACGAGAACAAUGGUGUAAAGCCGAGUGUUGUGCCAGACAAAAUUAGCCAAGAGACCGAACAAAACAACUCGAGCAUUGGAGAAAUGGUGGAAUCUGGCCUGAAAAAAUUUAACAAUGAGGGUGUCAUGGUUGGUGCUGUAACCGCUGCUUUGGGAGCAUCUGCUAUGCUGGUUCAACACGAGGAUCCACAAAAAGGCGGCAUCAUGUCAAAAUCAUCGGAGAAAGAUAGUCAAAUUAAAGAAUCUGGAAAACUUGAUCAGAACAGUAUAGUGGCAAGUUUUGCUGAGAAAGCCAUGUCCAUAGCUGGUCCUGCUGUUCCAACAAAGGAAACUGGUGAAGUGGAUCAGGAUAGGAUUGUGGCAAUGUUGGCAGAUUUGGGUCAGAGGGGUGGCAUAUUGAGGUUAGUUGGAAAACUUGCUCUGCUUUGGGGUGGCCUUCGUGGUGCUAUGAGUUUAACUGAUAGGCUAAUCCAGUUUUUGCGCAUGGAUGAAUGGCCCUUGCUCAAGAGGGCUGUGGGCUUUAUUGGCAUGGUGCUCGUGUUAUGGUCACCGGUUGUGAUUCCAUUGCUUCCAACACUUCUCCAGAGCUGGUCCACAAGUAAUCCUUCUAGAGUGGCGGAACUAGCUAGUGUAGUUGGUCUCUAUGUUGCUGUAUUCAUUCUUGUUAUGCUGUGGGGAAAAAGAGUACGGAAGUAUGAAAACCCAUUCAAGCAAUAUGGGCUUGAUUUUAAGGCAUCAAACAAAGAAAAGAUUCAAGAGUUUUUAAAGGCCUUUGCAGGGGGCAUCACAGUCGUUCUACUAAUACAGUUCAUAAAUGCAAUAUCAGGAGCUGCGAUUUUUUCUCGACCGCCAUAUUUUCCACAUCCUUUUGAUGCCAUGAAGUGUCUUAAGGGAUGUGGGCAAUUUCUUCUGCUGAUAAUUAGAGGAUUUACAGCUGCGACAUUUGUUGUGCUUGUGGAAGAGUUGCUCUUCAGAUCAUGGAUGCCUGCCGAGAUUGCUAUAGACCUGGGCUACCAUCAAAGCAUUAUCAUUACAGGACUCAUAUUUGCCUUGUUCCAAAGAUCCCUGAGAUCAAUUCCAGGGUUAUGGCUUCUGUCAUUGGCGCUUGCUGGGGCUCGUGAAAGAAGCCAAGGAAAUCUAAUUGUUCCAAUUGGGUUGCGGGCAGGAAUCAUAGCAACAAGCUUUAUACUACAGUCAGGUGGAUUCCUCACCUACAACCCAAGUUCCCCGGUUUGGAUUGCAGGGAGCCGCCCUUUACAGCCUUUUAGUGGAGUGGUUGGUCUUAUGGUCUCUUUGGCGUUGGCACUCAUUCUUUAUCCGAAACCUUCUCCUGAAACCAAGAUGCUGAAAUAUAAUUAAGAAGAAGGCAAACAAUACGAAGCGACAUGUUGUGCUCAUGCCCUUUCUGAGAUUUGCAGAGUGAAACUGAUUUACUAUGCACAGAAGAAUAAAAAAAGAAUAGGCGAAAGUAUAAACAAUGAGGACAGAAGAAGAGCUUUGGAUCUGCAUGCUUGUAAGUAGGACGCAUAAGACCCCCUUGUGUACAUCUUCUGUACCUGAUAGAAUAUAUGUUUUUACAAAGU